GCGGAAUUUUUCUAUUUUUACCAGAUUGAAAUUCUUUCCAGGCUUCAAAGCUGAACGAGAGCGAGAGAGAAGAAGAAAGAUGACUACGAUUCGGAGAUUUUGCUGCAAUGAUCUGCUUCGUUUCACUUCGGUCAAUCUCGACCACCUCACUGAAACCUUCAAUAUGUCGUUCUAUAUGACCUAUUUGGCAAGAUGGCCCGAUUAUUUUCAUGUUGCGGAAGCCCCGGGAAAUCGAAUCAUGGGUUACAUUAUGGGAAAGGUUGAGGGGCAAGGUGAGUCGUGGCAUGGUCAUGUAACAGCGGUAACUGUUGCUCCAGAAUAUCGGAGGCAGCAGCUGGCCAAGAAGCUCAUGAACCUCCUUGAAGACUUCAGCGAUAAGAUCGAUAAGGGUUACUUUGUUGAUCUUUUUGUGAGAGCAUCAAACACUCCAGCCAUAAAGAUGUAUGAGAAGCUUGGUUAUAUAAUUUAUAGACGAGUACUACGGUAUUAUUCAGGGGAGGAAGAUGGGUUAGAUAUGAGGAAAGCAUUAUCUCGGGAUGUUGAAAAGAAGUCAAUCAUACCCCUCAAACGACCAGUUACUCCUGAUGAAUUAGAGUAUGACUAAAAUCUGCUUUCUAUGGAAUUUCUGCCUAGUAAGUGUGAUGAUGAUGCAUUACUGUAUGAUUGUGACUUUUGAAGAUCUGUAAGCUAGGCACUGUAAACUGCUUUUAGAAUCACUGAAUGAAGUGUGCUUGUGAUGAAUCUGACUCUUAAGCAGAAACUAGUGUGACUAACCUCUAGUGAGUUAACUGGAUUCAUACGAUCACUAUCUAUUGCCCUUGUUAUAU